UCGAGCAUCACCUUAUGUUGACUUGUGUAAAAUGAGUUGAAUCGGGUCAACAUGGACUAGGCUGAAUGAGUUCAGUGUUUAAAGUCACAUUUUAUGAAGUUCUCUCUUUUCUUUUUUCUUUUGACUGCUGUGUUUGAAAACAGGAGUCAACCUGCUAUAAUUUCAGCAACUCCAACAUUUCUUUAAUACAUUGUUUCACAUCUCUUUAAGUGAAAAGACUUUGUCUCAUGGCGGGUCUUUGGAGAUCUUAUCAGGCUCUGAUGGCCAAACACCCAUGGAAGGUACAGAUUAUAACUGCUGGCUCUCUGGUGGGUGUGGGUGAUGUCAUCUCUCAGCAGUUGAUUGAGCGCCGUGGACUGGCCAAUCACAACGCGAGACGCACCGCCAAGAUGAUGAGCAUUGGCUUCUUUUUUGUCGGUCCAGUGGUCGGUGGAUGGUACAAGGUGCUGGACAAACUUGUUACAGGCGGUACUAAAAGUGCAGCUCUGAAGAAAAUGCUUGUUGACCAGGUGGGCUUUGCUCCGUGUUUCUUGGGUGCUUUUCUGGGAAUAACUGGAACCCUCAAUGGUCUGACUGUGGAGGAAAACGUUGCCAAACUUCAGAGGGACUACACAGAUGCAUUGAUCUCCAAUUACUAUCUUUGGCCUCCAGUGCAGAUCGCCAAUUUUUAUUUCAUCCCUCUCCAUCACAGGUUGGCAGUAGUUCAGAUCGUGGCUGUUGUCUGGAACUCUUACCUCUCCUGGAAAGCCAACAAGAUGUGAAGAGAUGUCAGAGAAUUUACACUACCUCACUUUUCUCUUGUUUUAGUUUUUUUACGUUGAUCUUAAACAAAAUAGAAUAAAUUAAGUUUUACACAACUGCACAAAAGCUCACAAAUGGAGUUUACACUAAUCAGUUUUGGGGGUAACGCAUUACAUGUAACACGAGUUAAAUAAUAAUAUUACUUUUCUAAGUAACAAGUAACUCAUAACUUUUAAAAAAGAAGUAAUAAUAUUUGAUUAACUUUUUUUGUUUUUGUUUCAAUGGACAAUGGACUUUGCCUAAAGGUGCAGUAUUUAAGUUUGACACCCAGUGGUUGAACUAGUUAUUAAAUUCCUAUAUCAAAACAAACCCAAGCGUAAGUUGCCAGAUUGAGGACCAAGAAGAGCGAGUCUGACUAUCGAGCCUAAAGGCUGAUUUAAAUCAUGUUCUAUAUAAAAGCAAUGGCACGAGAUAGAAGAAAUAUUCUCCAUAUUAAAAGGAGUUUUUGUCCUAACCAACACCUCGAAUUGAUUAUUAAAAACGGCUUCUAUUUCAUCCAGCUGAUCAACAGAAAACUUACAAUGAUCACCUCAGGUAC